UGGUUUCCAUGGACAACGUCGAUCAACCCCGGGUUACCCAUAUGAACUCGGGCGUCCAUGCGAUGCAGGAACGGCGUCCAGUGCCCGUGAUUGACAUGGGUUGUACCUAUGUUGGCUUCAAUAAUAUGUCGCCCAUGUGCAGGUUGCAGAAGAUGCAGAACGAACAAACAAAAUGCGCUCGAUCACGCGAACAGCAAUUUGGGCCGGCCUAAGCCUGUUGACAGCUUCUGUCUCAGGCAGUCCCCUUAACACGGCCAGAGCAGAUGUGAGGACGUUUGACAACCCGGUCAUCUGGCAAGAUUACCCAGACCUCGACGUCUUCCGCGUCGGUGACGUGUUUUACUACUCUUCCUCCACGUUUGCCUUCUCACCAGGUGCGCCAGUUCUCAAGAGUUACGAUCUGGUCAAUUGGGCGCCAGUUUCUCACAGCAUACCGAGAUUGAACUUUGGCCCUGCGUACGAUCUGAACAAUGCCACGAACAGGUCCUACGUGAAAGGCGUAUGGGCUAGUACUCUUCAAUAUCGAGAGUCGACUGAUACUUUCUAUUGGAUGGGUUGUAUCGGGGAUGGGCCUACUUAUGUAUGGACCUCGAGCGGUACGAAUGCGGCAGCAAACAAUGGCGAGGUUGCAGAGUGGAAUUGGACCUCUCGAGGCACUUUGCCGCGAUGCUACUACGACAACGGGUUGCUGAUUGAUGAUGACGAUACCAUGUACAUGGCGUACGGUAAGACCACCAUCAAUGUUGCACAACUCAAUGCGGACGGAACGGCAGAGGUCAAAACCGAGGCAGUGUAUACAAGCCCGGAUCAGGUAUACAUUGAAGGGUCGCGCAUGUACAAGAUCAACGGGACCUAUUACAUCUUUGUGACCAAGCCUGCAGACGAUGAGUAUGUUCUCAAAUCCGACAACGUCUGGGGCCCGUACGAACGUCGUAUUCUGGUCGACAGUAUCGAAGGACCGCUUUCCAAUGCCGGUAACGCUCACCAAGGCGGCAUUGUCAGCACCAAAGACGGUCAAUGGUACUACGUUGCCUUCCUGGACGCCUAUCCUGGAGGUCGAAUCCCUGUUGUUGCUCCUCUGACCUGGACGGAAGAUGGUUGGCCAGAGGUGGUUCGCGUGAAUAACGAGUGGGGAAAGACCUAUCCCAUUCCGGUCCUCACCAACAAGACGGUUGCGGUAACGACUGGGCUCGAUUCAUUUGAAGGGCCAUCGUUGAGUGAAGAGUGGGAAUGGAAUCAUAACCCAGAUGAUAGUGCAUGGUCUUUCGAUAGUGGAUUGCAACUGCAGACAGCCACUGUUACGGACGACUUGUUUGCCGCACGUAAUACACUGACUCGACGCAUACCCGGGCCAAAGUCCGCUGGUACAUUCAGGAUCGACAUUAGUGGAUUGAAGGAUGGAGAUCGUACGGGUGCAGUUCUAUUCCGCGACAUCGCCGCCUACAUCGGCGUCCACAGAUCUGGCAACACUUCUUCGCUUGUCAUGGUCGACAAGCUCGACCUUGGAGACGGUUGGGUAACGGUGUCGAAUGGUACUGUUGCUGCGACCGGCCCGACACUCACGGCGGAUACGACCGAGGUCUGGCUGCGUAUCGAACCCGACAUCACACCAGCGUUCUCCAAUUCUGUUGCUAUCAGAACAACCACCUUCUGGUACAGUCUAGAUGGAGUGUCUUUUACACAACUGGGUGAGCCGUUUAAAAUGACCAAUACCUGGCAAUUUUUUACUGGAUAUCGAUUUGGUGUGUUCAAUUUCGCCACAAAGGCUUUAGGUGGACAUGUCACAGUGAAAGGGUUCGAACUGAAGAUGAUUUGAGCAAUUUGGUUUACUGUAUAACUAGAUGAGGUGUGCGAUGAAACCUUACUGCCGCUAUUACAAGUACAAGGAAUAAAUGCAUGGCAUAUCUGUCUUUCCUUCAAUCCGU